GCUGCCCGCCCGGGAUGCGCGGGCGCUGCGCCCGUGCGGCAGCGGCAUGGACCGUGCGGCGGGGCCGGAGGCGGCCACGCUGGUGCUGCGGGCGGAGGAGGGCGGCGGCCCCAGCCCAGCAGGCAGGAGCAAUUGGUCUGGGAGUCUUAUCGCAGCCGCUCUAACUGGUGCUUUUGGGUCGUCUUUUCUUUAUGGCUACAACCUCUCAGUGGUGAACGCUCCUGCAGCGUUUAUCAAGAAGUUUUACAAUGAAACUUGGGAAAGAAGAUAUGGCUUCUCAGUGGAUGAAAGCACACUGACUCUCCUCUGGUCUAUAACUGUUUCUAUUUUUGCCAUUGGUGGCCUUGUGGGUGCCAUUAUUGUUACCCCAAUUGUGAAGUUCUUCGGACGGAAAUGUACAUUGCUGCUCAACAAUGUGUUUGCAGUGGCAGCUGCAUUGCUGAUGUCCCUCUCUUUGUUGGCGGGGUCAUUUGAAAUGCUGAUACUGGGCCGCAUUGUAAUGGGUGUUGAUGCAGGCAUUUCUCUGAGUGCCCUUCCCAUGUAUUUGAGUGAAAUAUCUCCUAAGGAAAUCCGUGGUUCAUUGGGUCAGGUCACAGCAAUUUGCAUCUGUAUUGGUGUUUUCACUGGUCAAGUUUUGGGGCUGCCAGAAGUAUUUGGGCAAGAAUCUCGGUGGCCUUAUUUAUUUGGAGCGAUCAUUGUCCCUUCAUUGAUACAAGUUGUGAUUCUGCCCUUUCUUCCUGAAAGUCCACGUUACCUCCUACUUGAAAAACAUAACACGAGCAAGGCAGAAAAAGCAUUUCAGACCUUCCUUGGGAAAGAUGAUGUGUCUCAAGAAAUAGAAGAAGUUCUGGCUGAGUCUCGAGUCCAAAGAAACACCAAGUUAGUGUCGAUACUUCAGCUCCUGAGGACCCGCGCCGUGCGAUGGCAGAUCGCUACCGUGGUUGUCGUCAUGGGCUGCUACCAGCUCUGUGGGCUAAAUGCUAUCUGGUACUACACACACAACAUCUUCCUUGAAGCUGGGAUCAAUCCUGAAACAAUCCCCUAUGUUACUCUAAGUACUGGUGCUGUUGAGAUUUUGGCUGCUCUUUUUUCUGGCUUAGUCAUUGAACGGCUGGGCCGCCGGCCUCUUCUCAUCGGAGGCUUUGGGUUGAUGAUUGUCUUCUUCGCAGUACUUACUGUCUCUCUGACUUUACAGAAAACUGUGGAAUGGCUUCCUUACCUCAGUAUAUUUUGCAUCCUUGCAAUCAUUGCAUCAUUCUGCAUUGGACCAGGUGGGAUUCCAUUUGUCCUCACUGGAGAGUUUUUCCAGCAGUCUCAGAGGCCAGCAGCAUUCAUGAUAGCUGGGACAGUCAACUGGCUCUCCAACUUCGCAGUCGGACUGCUCUUCCCUUUCAUUCAGAGUGGUUUACAGACCUACUGCUUCCUAGUGUUUGCUGCCAUCUGCUUUGCGGGAGCUACCUACCUGUUUUUUGUCCUGCCUGAAACAAAAAAUAAGACAUUUCAUGAAAUCAGCCAGGCAUUUGCCAAAAGGAAUAAAGUAUCUUUAGAAAUGCAAGAAAUGAACCACUACCCAGGGGAGACGAAGUCGAAUGUGGAACAAGAAUCAAACUUCACGUCUUCGGUGGACAACGGAGAAACCAAGAAAGGGAUUGUGUAAACCUAGGAUGUUCUUUUGGGGGACGGGGGAAAACAUGCUCUUUUCUUUUGGUACUUUUAUAGCAGUGCACAGUUUCUUUUAUGUGACAGCAUGAACUGCUUUCCCCUUGAAUAUGUUUUAAGUGAGUAUGAGUGAAUUUGUUUUCCGCUAGAGUGAUGGUUGAAGAAAUGAGAAGUGGGAGUAACGGCAGCUGAUUAAAUAAAUAAGAGCUGGAGUUUUCCUGGGCACCUGUGAAAUAGGUGUUGUGGUGACUGGGGGGGAAUACAACCUCGGAGAAGUGAAGUGGUGGUGGGGAGGAGGGUUGUGAGCAUUAGCUGGUUGAGCACCCCUGUGUGCACAGGGGGAAGCCAGCAUGCAGCCCCUGGGGCUGGGGAGCAGGGGCCAGGGAGAGGGGAGGAGGUCCCAGCAGAGCUCUACUAAAAAUCAAUGCCCACCUACCUGAAAUGUUACCAACUCGCAUUUCUCCACGUUUCCCAGUAUGUGAUUCAAGUUGCACAUGAGAACUAAGGACUCAAAAGAAGAUUUGUGAUGCCCUCCUGACCUCCCAUUCCUUCUCCAGCUCUUUUGACUUCCAGUUGCUUUGCCUGAACAUCCCCCACCUUCCCACAGUCCUUCCCACAGGUCCUGAUGGGCUGCCUCAUCUCUCUUGCAAAUCCUGAUCAACUAGUAAUAGAGUUACCUCUAGUUUCUGGGUUUGCUGGCACUGCAUUUCUGUGGAUGCAUAAAUAUUUAACUUUAUUUUUCAAUAAUUUCAGAAGCUUUAAUGUUAAAAGAAAACUCAACCUCAUGGUGAAGUGAGAGAACUCUGAUGGUAUAUGUAGGGUAUAGUGUUUAAAAAAAACAACAACAAAAACCAAGUGUUUCAAGGGUUGAGGUUUUUUUAUUGUUACUUUUGUGGGGGUUUUUUUGCUUUUCUUUUCAAGGUCCUUUUAAAACAAGUCUUAGAAGCCAGAAUUUCCAUGAGCCUCAAGAAAUGUCAUUUCUUAACACUCAGAUCUCUCAGAAGGAAUUUGGGUGCCUAUUUCUUAUUUAAACACUAAUUUUUAUUUGGGCAUUAGAUUGUGAAGCUCCAGGCCUAGUUCACAUUAAUAAGUUUCUAAACUAUUUAUUGCUUUGUAAAACUGGCCUCAGAGGCUGCUUAAUUUCAUGAGAGAAGACUCAGCAGGCUGUCAAGUUUGUCAGGGGUUACAUGACACAUUCUCUUCCAAGUGCAAUUAUUUUUAUAAACACCACCUUUCCACUUUUUAAUUUUGAUAAUAGUUUUUCUUGAUCCUUCUAGGUAUCUGGAUGCUGAGAGGGUAAUAAGCACUUUUAAAAUAAAUAGCUGUUUUAUAUGAAAAGCCAGUAAGUCUUAGAGCUGCUCUCAGUUAGGAGUAAGGCAAAAGAAGUACGUGCAGCAUGUAGGUAGAGCCAGCUGCUUCUGCAAGUUGUAUUUUCUAAUCCAGAAGUUCAUAUAUUUAGAGCAUUUGGGGGAAAAUAUUGUGUAUAUAUACUCAUAUAUAUGCAUACACACAUAUAUGACUGUAUGAAAAUAUAGAAAUAUAGAUUGAUAUUUAUAUUCAUAUAUAUAUAAAAUGAAGAAUUGUUUUCCAAUAUUUGCUUUUUUCAGAUUUCCCUGAGUAAAAAGCUGUUUAUUGUUUUGUUCUACACUGUAGAUUACACUGUAAAUUAAAAUCAGAGAUCCUAAUGUUCUGCUAUUACUACUAAAUUAUGUAUAUGUUUUACACUGUGAUUUAUUUAUAUGUGGCAUAUUCGCUGCACACAUUUUAAGCUGACCUAAUAGGGCAAUUUCGCUGCUGGGUAAUAAAAGAAAAAUUGAUCUGAGCCUUUAUGCCAGAAUUUAUGCUGUUUUACUGGGAUAGAGGUAGAGCAGCAAGUAAGAAACUUAAUAUAUAUGUGGACAAGAGAAUUAAGAAUGAAAAUCGGUUUUAUGAUAUUGGUGCUACUGUUAAGAAACAGAGUGAAUCAGGAUUCUACCAGCUGAUAGCCAUAGACAGAAGCUAAUCAAAUACUAUGGAGAAAACUGAAGAAAAAUGUUUUCUAAUAACCAUUUUUGAAAUGUCACCUUCCUGUGGCUUUAGUCACCUAUUUCAUGUCUUACGUAAGUCUUGCUAAGUGAAUGACUAUGUAAAAAGAGUUUGAAUGCCAUCCCUCCACAAAAGUUCAGGAAGAAAUUCUUCCUUUUCUGUCUGCAGGGUGAGACUGGCAAAUUCAGAUGCCCUCAUUCAAACUGAGAAUUACCUUACUUUGCAGUUAGGGCUACUAACGUGGUGUGAUGUGAUUGAUUUGAGCCAAGGCGGCAAGAUUGGAAACCAUUCUUCUUAUUAUUAAUAAUUUAGCACUUAGUGCUGUUCACUAAUGUACGUUACAGGCAUUACUUGUUGAUAAUAUUGCCACUGAAUAACUUCAAUAAAAUAGCAUGUGGUCCUAAUACAGCAGUUAUACUGGACACCAAGAUGAAAUCAUCUUACAGUUCCUUACAGUUGCUUUUGGAGCCCAGCUCUGAAUGUGUUGGUAAAGAGAUGGCUUGAUAGAAUUUCCUAUCACAGCUCAAGGGCUUGUACAGUGUUAACAGCAGGGGGUUGUGCUUUUCCCUUCUGCAACCCUUUCUGCCCAUCUCUUGCCUUACCUGAGAUGAGCACACUCCAGAGAGGCACGUCCUGCGUGGCUGCCAAGAGCUGCUGCAGACCCCAUGUGCCUUGGGACAGUGGUUACACAUCUCACCAUAGGUUUGUUGCAGCCUGUGAUACAAGUUGAAAGCGAUCCUAGACCCCAGAUGUGUAGGUGUGCACGUGCUUUGCUCACUGGCCAAGGAAGGUGCUGCAGUCUCCUCUGCCUUGGGUUAUGGAAGUUUCUGAGGAAACUUCAAAUGUGCCGGUACUGCAUUUACUUUCUCAUCUCUGAGCCUAACAAGAGCCUUGUGUUCUACGAGUUGUUCCAUAAUGUUUUUUUUUCCAUUAUUAUGCUGCUUUAAAGCUUCUCCAGCAAUUAGAGGACAAAAUGGAAAAUAUCAGCAAUGUAUCAUUUGGUUUUGUCUUGUUGAAUGUAUCAGAUUGUCCAGAGCCCGUGUGUUCAUCAGGGAGUGUUGUGUGGCACCACGGUCUCUUUCCCCAUCUGUGACACUGUGAUGAGGUACUGUGAGAUGGUGUCUGCAUGACUACUGUGAGUGGGUUAUGUGUGUGUCAACUAUGUCCAUGCACAUUGAUUAUAAAAUAAACCUUUGGAAUUCA